UAGUAGGCCGCGGACUACCUUUCAUAAACGGCCUUCAAAUUUCUUUUCAUCGGGCCUGGUCUUCAAAUUUAAGUUCCCAACGGUAGUUAAUAAUUCGCGCCAUUUUCGCCCUUCCUUUCUCUCACUCUCUGCUGGUCACCGUUGCCAAAGAAAUUCAAAUUCAAACACCCAACUGCUGAUUUUCCACUAGAUUUUCGAAUGAGAUGAGAAAAUGGGUCUCUCAACGACAAAUUUCAACCCUCGCAGAGACUCGUUUAUCUUAUCAUCUCAACCGUCUCCUCCAGAACUGCAGCAAUUCAAGAGCGCUCAAGCAAGGAAAGCAAGUUCAUCAGCAGAUCAUCCUCCAUGGCCUCGAUUCUGAUCCAUACCUUACAACCAAACUAAUCCAAAUAUAUGUUGAUUGUGAUGAUUCAGGGCCCGCACUCCACCUAUUUGAUGAAUUGCCUCAACCCAAUGUGUUUGCAUGGACUGCAAUCCUAGCAGUCCAUUUGAGGAAUGGAAACUAUAAGGAGUGUCUGCAAAUGUAUCGAGAAAUGAGAGUGCAAGGUGUUAGACCUGACAUGUACGUCUUCCCCAAGCUCCUCAAGGUCUGCUCCCAAUUGUCAGACUUAGAAGAGGGAACUCAAAUCCAUGGUGAUGUAAUCAGAUUUGGUGCUGGAUCCAGUUUGCACGUUUGCAAUUCGUUGAUUGAUAUGUACUCGAAAUGCAGGAGUGUUAAUGAAGCAAGACAGGUUUUUAUCGGAAUGGUCGAAAGAGAUGUAUUGUCAUGGAAUUCAAUGAUUUCGGGGUAUAUCUGUAACGGGUUUCUUGAUUCAGCCCUUGAACUUUUAAGCUUGAUGGAGUUGGAAGGUUUGGAGCCCGAUUUAAUCACUUGGAAUACGAUAAUGGAUGCUUAUAGCCGAAUGGGGCUUUGCGAGGCAGCUUCUGAAAUCUUUGAUCGGAUUGCAGAACCUAAUAUCAUCUCAUGGACUACUUUAAUCUUGGGGUAUUCAAGAAGUGGGAAGCAUGAAAAGGCGUUGUGCAUUUUCAGGGAUAUGAUACGAAGAGGAUUUGUUUUACCUGAUUCGGAUACUCUUUCUUGUGUUCUCUCUUCAUGCCGUCAGUUGGCAGCUUUGAGAAGCGGACAAGAAAUCCAUGGAUAUGGGUUAAAGAUCAGAACAGGACUUGGGUUCUAUGAUUCAGCUGGGGCAGCUUUGCUGACAAUGUACGCCUGGUGUAAGAGGAUUCAAGAUGCAAGAAAUGUGUUUGAAAUGAUGGACAAACGUGAUGUCAUCACAUGGAAUUCCAUGAUUCUUGGUUUUUCUCAUUUAGGAAUGCACAAUUCAGCAACGGAGCAUUUUAGUGAUAUGCAAAUGAGAGGAGUUAGAUAUGACCAAAUCACAAUCGCAACUGUUUUGCCUGUAUGCGAUCUGAAAACUGGCAAACAAAUUCAUGCCCAUGUAAUUAAAAAACAUUUCAAUUUGCCCAUUUUGGUAUGGAAUGCACUGAUCAACAUGUAUGCGAAAUCUGGAUGCAUCGGAGCAGCUUACGCCAUCUUCUCUAAGAUGGGAGCAAGAGAUGUGGUGUCAUGGAAUGCAAUGAUUGGAGGAUAUGGUAUGCAUGGGCAUGGUAGAGCUGCCCUUCAGCUCCUGCAAGAGAUGAAACAGUCAGGCAUUAGACCAAACUCCGUGACAUACACUUCAGUUCUCUCCGCUUGUAGCCAUUCAGGUCUUGUAGAUGAAGGACUCCAGCUAUUCGACAGCUUGACUCGAGACUUUAACUUCACCCCUAGUAUGGAGCAGUUUGCUUGUGUAGUUGAUUUGCUUGCCCGCGCAGGGCGGCUUCAGGACGCAGUUGAUUUUAUAAACAAAAUGCCGAUUGACCCAGAUGGAAGUAUUUGGGGAGCUCUGCUUGCAGCUUGUCGAAUUCAUCAAAACAUACAAUUUGGAGGGUUUGCUGCAGAGCAUCUGUUCCGGUUGGAGCCAGAUAAUCCUGGAAAUUAUGUGACCUUGUCCAAUAUAUAUGCAAGGGCUGGAAGGUGGGAUGACGCUGUAAGAGUGAGGAAGCUAAUGGAAGGUCGAGGGUUGAUAAAACCUUCUGGCUAUAGUUGGAUAAAAAAUGAGAAAUGAGCCUCAACAGAAUCAUUUUUGGAAAGCGUAGGAAUUUUAUUAAGAGUGUACGUUCACGGCAUUUGUGAGAUCAGGACAAUUUGUUUGGUGGGAAUUGGACUGUAGCCAUCUGAUCAGCGGCCUGAAAAGGGACUUCUAACUGAAAAAUGAACUGUCCACGAAUGAAUGACUGGAGUUGUCCAAUCAUUAUGACCUUUGGCCUAUGGCCCGUCAACGUGCCUGCCAAUCAGAUCAACAGCCCUGAUCACCUUACAUGUUUGCCUGGUGUACAAUGGAGAUAUAUUGUGUCUAUUCUGCCAUUAAAACUCUAUCCAGAACUACCAAGAUAUUAGCGAACUUUUGCGGCAAUGCAUCUGCUGUAUUGAGUGUAGAGAAAUUGAUCGAGCUUUCUGUUGAUGGUUCGUUAACUCUGUUUAUGGUUGAAUUGACAACCAUGGAGCAGAAGGCUAUGAAUUUCAAAUUAUUCAGCAGUGGACAAUCCAGCAGUCUGACCUUUUACCAUCUUAACCAGAAUGAAGUUCCAGAGCAAUAGAUCAACUGUAGUUAAGGACAAGAAAUUUUCAGCAUGGACCUAGAGAGAUCACUGUAUGUGGCUUACACCUUGUUUUUUAACACUGAUAAAUGUAGCUAAAAGGCUGUGUUUGGCUGUGCAAUUGAAUUGAAUUUUGUUUGUUCAAUAAACUUGGAAUUAACAAAUUGUAUUUACCUUCCUCA